UUGGCUUGCAACCUUCAAUCAAAUGUUACUAGAAGAAGCAGCGGCAGCACAUGAGAUGAGAUGAAUGUUACCUUUUAAGGACAAGUAUAUCUGCAUCUUUGGAUGAGAUGAAACAGUUAAAAUCAUUUCCAUGAUAUUUCUAUGAUUGGUUUGUAAAUGUCUGUAGUGUGUGUUGACUCCUGCGGUUGGCUGCUGGACUCCUGCUCUCUCAUAGAUGAGUGUUUGCAGUGCUGUGUUUCUUACAGUGAUGGGCUUGAAAAACCAAAAUACAUUAAAUGCUGUUUCAAGAGGGAAUAUUUCAAUACACUAAAACCCCACGGUCAGAUUCAACAAAACACAAAUAUCUUGACAAGCGGUGUUCCGUUAGACUCUGCAAAACAUUCUGAACAUGCAAAGACUGAUCUACAAACACGAAAGAAACGAAAGAGAAAGCAGCCUGAUCUUAAUACUGGCGAGUUAGAUGCCCAUAUUUAUCAUGAAAAGAUCAGGUCGGUGGUUCUGGAGGGCUCUCGGGCUCUUCUGGAAGCUGGGCGCCAGUGUGGAUACUUGACAGAAGCUUUGACCGCACCACCUUCUGAAUCCGUGCAAUCACACGAGUGCUGUCUAGCUGCGUUAUGUGACAUGGCAAAACAGCUCCCGUUAAUGGACGAGUCUGUAGAGGCACCAGUGCAGACGCUGAACAGAGAUGGUCUGGACCCAUCGCUGGACCUGUUCUCAUACAUCACUGAAAACCCAUUCGACUGCGCUUAUGAGGUCACGUUGAUGAAGGAGAGGUAUCUUUUGCCGCCCCGCAGCCGCUUCCUGUUGUCUGACAUCACACGUAUGCAUCCACUUGUCAACAGUGGAGACAAAUUUGACCUUAUAGUCCUUGAUCCACCAUGGGAGAACAAAUCUGUCAAAAGAAGCAACAGAUACAGCUCUCUGCCGUCCUCUCAGCUCAAGCAGCUUCCUGUGCCGGCACUUGCUGCUCCAGAAUGUUUGGUGGUUACGUGGGUAACUAACCGGGUGAAGCAUCUGCGUUUCAUCAAAGAAGAGCUCUACCCGUACUGGGAGGUUGAAGUGCUGGCAGAAUGGCUCUGGGUGAAGGUGACCCGAUCAGGAGAGUUUGUGUUUCCUCUGGAUUCGCCACACAAGAAGCCUUAUGAAGUGCUGGUGCUGGGCAGGUAUCGACGUGCCACUGAUCACGCAGACAGGUCUUCAGCAGCGGAGGAGCUUCCAGAGCAGCGGCUCCUAAUGAGCGUCCCAUCAGUCCUGCACUCCCAUAAACCUUCAUUAUCAGAUGUGUUAAAGCCCUACAUUAGUCCCAAGCCCAAGUGCCUUGAGUUGUUUGCCCGGAGUCUCCAGCGUGACUGGACCAGUUGGGGAAAUGAAGUCAUCAAGUUCCAGCACAGCAGCUAUUUUACCAGAGAGAGAGCAGAGGAGCCGUCCAAGACAUCUGAGACGCCGCUUACACAGUAGCUCAUUGACUGUCACAUAGGGAAGCCCAGCAUUUUAUAGUGUUUAUACAUUGUAUGAUAUUAAUAAGAAGGAUGAAGUACAGUUGUGUCUUCAUCUGAACAGUGUAUUUUAAUACCAGAUAUACCACAAUAUUUUUGGACUCUAUUUUUUUAAAUUUCUUUCUGCUGGUCUGCACAGUAGUUGGAAUUUGUACUAGCCCUGCCAACAAUUUCUCUUGUUUUUACAAACAUUUUUAGUGUACACUACCAGUCACAAGUUUUUGAACAGUAAGAUUUUUCAUGUUUUUUAAAGAAGCCUCUUCUGCUCACCAAGCGUGCAUUUAUUUGAUCCAAAGUACAGCAAAAACAGUAAAAUUUUAAAAUAUUUUUACUAUUUAAAAUAACUAUUUUAUAUUUGAGUAUAUUUUACAAUGUAAUUUAUUUCUGUGAUUUCAAAGCUGAAUUUUUAGCAUCAUUACUCCAGUCACAUGAUCCAUCAGAAACAAUUCUAAUAUUCUGAUUUACUGCUCAAAAAAACAUUUAUUAUUAUUAUUAUGUUGAAAACAGCCAAGUAAAAUUUUUUCAGGUUUUUUUUUUGAUGAGUAGAAAGUUCAGAAGAACCGCUUUUAUCUGAAAUGAAGAUCUUUUGUAAAAUUAUAAAUGUGUUUAUCAUCACUUUUGAUCAAAAAUAAAAAAUACUGACUCCAAGCUUUAUAGUGUAUAAUGUUACAAAAGCGUUUUAUUUCAGGUAAAUGCUGAUCUUUGGAUCUUUCUAUUCAUCAAAGAAACCUGAAAAAUUUUCUACUCAGCUGUCUUUCACAUAAUAAAUGUUUUUUGAGCAGCAAAUCGGAAUAUUAUAAUGAUUUCUGAAGAAUCAUGUUACUGGAGUAAUGAUGCUGAAAAUUUAGCUUUGAUCACAAGAAUAAAUUACAUUUUAAAAUAUUAAAAUAGAAAGCAGUUAUUUUAAAUAGUAGAAAUAUUUUUAGAAAUUAUUGUUUUUGCUGUAUUUUAGAUCAAAUUAAAUGCAGGCUUGGUGAGCAGAAGAGACUUCUUAAAAAACAUUAAAAAUCUUACCGUUCACAAACUUUUGACUGGUAGUGUGUGUGUGUCAGAAAUGUUAUGGCCCUUGGUGUUAGUUAAUUCUCUAAUCUUUUUAGAUGAUAAUUUGUUGUUGUUUUUGACCAAUGCACCUGCACUUUGGACACUAACAGUUUGACUUUUAUUGUCUCAUGUUGGUUGAAAAGAUUUUGUAUUAAAGUGUAAAUUUUACAUGGGAUAUAUGCUGAUCAUUGCCAGUAAAAUACAUAUGAAAAGA